AUGUUUAGAUUAAACAGAGACGUACUUUAUUUAAUAUUUCAAGAAAUUAAAGAUGAUAAAAAAACACUUUAUUCAUGCCUUUCAGUUAAUAAAACAUGGUGUGAAAUGAUCAUACCAAUUUUAUGGAAUAAUCCUUGGAAAUAUAUUAAUAAAAAUUGUGAACAUCGAAAAAAAAAAUUAUUAUUAAAUAUAAUUAUUUCACAUUUAUCAAAUGAAAUAAAAAAUAAUUUAAAAGAUCAAGGUAUUGAUUUUUUAACAACAAAUUCAUAUCAAAAACCUUUAUUAUUUAAUUAUAUUAAUUUAUGUAAACAUUUAAAUUUAGAAGAAAUUCAUAAAUUAAUUAAUUCUAUUCAUGAACAAUCUAAAACUUUUAUUAUUAAAAAUCAAUUAUUCGAACUUUUUAUUAAUGAAAAUACGAAAUUUACACAUCUUUAUUUACCUUAUCAAUUUGAACAUCAAAUACAUCUUAUACCUAAAUCUGAAACUUGUUUUUCAGAUAUUGAAUUCUUUUGUUGUAGUGCAAGUAUAAACGAUAAUGUAAUAAUUGGUUUAAAAGAAAUAUGUAAAUUAAUUAAAGAAUUGAAACUUUUUAUUGAAGUACAUAAUAAUAAUUAUGGUAUUAUUGAAUUAAUUAAUAAUCAAAAUAAUUUAUCAAGUAUUAGUUUUUUAAUUAAUUAUACAGAAUAUUCUAGAACUUAUGGAUAUACAAGAGCUCAUGAAUCAUUUUGUAAAAAACUUGAAGAUUCAUUAAUUAAUCAUGCUAAUACUAUACAAUAUUUUAAGACAACAAAAGAACCAAUAACAAAUAUCAUUUCAAAAUUCGUAAAUUUAAAAGAAUUAGAAUUGGAUUGUAGUUAUUAUUAUGAAUGGAAUUGUUUAGAAAAUUUAUCUUUACCAUUUUUACGUAUAUUAAAAGCUAGUAGAGUUCCAAUUAAAAUUUUAACAAGUUUAAUAGAAAAUACAAGUGGAAAACUUAAUGAAAUAAAAAUUGAUUAUAUAUUUCAUGAUGAAAUUAAUAAUGAAAGAAUUAUUCAAACAAUUUAUAAUAAUUGUCCAAAUCUUAAAUAUCUUAAAUUAGUAUUAAGAAAUAUUAAUAUUUUAGAAUUUGAAAAAUUAUUAAUAAAUUGUCAAUAUUUAGAAGGUUUAUUCAUUCUUAUUAAUAAUAUUGAAGAUGAAUUUAAUUUAGAAAAAUUAUUUGAAAUAUUAACUAAUUCUUCACCAAUUGGUUUAUUUAAAUUUAAAUUUAGUAUUUAUUCUGAUACAAUUUUUAAAUUAGAAACUUUAAAAUUAUUUUUUGAUAAUUGGGAAGGUAGACAUCCAAUGUUAUUACAAUUUAAUAAGAUUGGUUAUAUAGAAGAAUAUACUAAUUUAAUUGAAAUUUAUAAAUCUAAAAAAAUAGUAAAAAAUUUUGAUAAUUUAUUUUAUGGUCAUAUAUAUGAAGAUUUUGAAUGGGUUUGUAAGAGGGUUAAUUAA